GGCCAGCGCCCCCUACACUGACGCCAAACAAACACCGGUUAGCGGCGAGCGCACUCGCCCGCCAUAAUAAUCGCUUGGGCCAUUGCUAUAUCGUUGCCUGUAAACAAUUCUAUUUUCCUUUUGUAGGACUUAUUAAAAUUUAUUAAAAUGUCUGACGACGGUUCAACGGCUGUGGAAAAAAAAGGACGCGGUAGACCCAAAGCGAAUGGAACACAAUCGGAAGCCAAAGGAGAUGCCAAAAAAAGAGGCAGACCCCCUGUAGCUCCAGCCAAAUCAAAAGAAUCGAAAAAUUCGUCAGAUGAUGAACAGGCACCAGUCGCUAAAAGGGGUAGAGGUAGGCCGAAAGGAUCAAAGAAAAAGGCAGCCGCUCCAAAAGCUAAGGGUGGAUCUGGUGAAGGCCGUGGUCGUGGAAGGCCACGUAAGGAUGCACCACCACCCAAAAAGGAUGCCGCCUCAACCGAAGAAGAGCAAGAAGAUGAAGAAGAAGAAGAAGGUUCUGACCAGUAAACUUAUUUGUCUCAUAAAACUCACUCUUAGUGUAAUUUGUUUGUCACUAUAACCCCUGCCUACACAAAUGAUAGGAAGGAAAAUGUUCUAUGAAAAAUGCUUCUGCCAUUCAUACUACUAUUGUAAGGGGUUAUUUUUACAAUACAAGUCUCAAAAUGAGAUCUUAUCCAGACUUUAUUCAUGUGGGUGUGACAUAUUUAAAAAAAGGAAUUAGCAGAAUUAAGAAGCCUUUUUGUGAUCUUAUUGCAUUUACUUGACCUAUUUUACAAAUGAUCUCACAUGGAUAAAUUUUGGUAAACUUAGCUCUCCCUAGAAUCGUACAAGUCUUAAGAUAUAAUUUGUAAGAUCCUUUUUUUUGUAGAUUUAUUCUAUUUCUAUUAUAAUAGGUAUUUUGUAAUCUCUUGAUUUAUAUUAUAAGAAAUCAAAUACAAUUUUGUAGAUUUAUUGAUUUGACUUGAAAGUCAAGUAUUAUUUUUCUCUAAUAAAUAUUUCAAUUUGAUUUACUCUUUUUUUUACUAUUUUGAUGAUUUAUUUGUUAUUAACAUGAGUUAUACUGCAUGUCAAUGUACAGAGGUGUUACAUGGAGAGAAUUAGUAGAUUUUAGUAGUGUCAGAUCUUAAUUUAAAAACUUUUGGAGCAGACUGAAAAGUAAUAUUAUUUCGAAAAUAAAAUUUACUGUGUGUAUGUGCGUGAAUGUAAAAUUUUAGAACAAUAUAUUAAAUAAAUCUAUGAAUAUGUGAA